GACAAGUAAACAGAAUCAUAUUUUUGACAGAUGAUUAACCAGUGAAGUGGUUCGAACAAAUACAAAAUAAUCUCAAAUAAAAUGUACAUUUAAAGAAACAUUCCCCAGAGGCAUGAGAUAAACGUUUGUGUGAAGAUAACAACGCGCGUGUUAUCAACUGUCGGAGAUUAUACAGGAUAAACAGUCCUGGAAUGUUCACAGACAUGGACUAUGACUUGGAGGAGGACAAACUGGGGAUCCCUACAGUCCCUGGGACUGUAUCCCUGAAGAAGGAUGCUCAGAACCUGAUAGGGAUCAGUAUCGGGGGUGGGGCACAGUACUGUCCCUGUCUCUACAUUGUCCAGGUCUUUGACAACACCCCUGCUGCUCUGGAGGGGACUCUGGCGGCUGGCGACGAGAUCACAGGAGUGAACGGCAAACCUGUGAAGGGCAAGACAAAGGUGGAGGUGGCAAAGAUGAUUCAGGCUGUCCAGGGAGAAGCAACGAUCCACUACAACAAGCUGCAGGCUGACCCCAAACAGGGGAAGUCACUGGACAUAGUGCUGAAGAAGGUGAAGCACCGCCUGGUGGAGAACAUGAGCUCUGGUACAGCCGACGCUCUGGGGCUCAGCAGAGCCAUACUCUGCAAUGAUGGGCUGGUGAAGAGACUGGAGGAGUUGGAGAAAACCGCAGAGCUGUACAAAGGCCUGAUGGAGCACACAAAAAGACUGCUCAGAGCCUUCUUUGAACUCUCUCAGACUCACAGAGCGUUUGGGGAUGUGUUCUCUGUGAUCGGGGUACGGGAGCCUCAGGCUGCAGCAUGUGAGGCCUUUGUGAAGUUUGCUGAGGCCCAUCGCAACAUGGAGAAGUAUGGCAUCCAGCUGCUAAAGACCAUCAAGCCAAUGCUCCAUGACCUGAACACCUACCUUCAUAAGGCUAUACCAGACACCAAGCUCACCAUCCGCAAAUACCUGGAUGUCAAAUUUGAGUACUUGUCUUACUGUCUGAAAGUGAAGGAGAUGGACGAUGAAGAGUACAGCUGCAUUGCGAUGGGAGAGCCCAUGUAUCGCGUCGGCACCGGUAACUAUGAGUACCGGCUUGUGCUGCGGUGUCGACAGGAGGCCCGUGCUCGGUUCGCCAAGAUGAGGAAGGAUGUGCUAGAGAAGAUUGAGCUACUGGACCAGAAACAUGUCCAGGACAUCGUGUUCCAGCUGCAGCGUUUUGUGUCGGGCAUGUCGCGCUACUACGACGAGUGCUACGCCGUGCUGAAGGAGGCUGACGUCUUCCCCAUCGAGGUGGACCUCUCCCGCACAAUGAUGAACUACGGCAGCCAGUCACACUCCUUCACAGAAGAGGAGGAGGAGGGAGGAGGAGGAAGUGAAGAACAGGAUGGGGGUGCUGGCAAGCAGGCUGAGAACGGUGCUGAAAAACUGAUUGAUGAUUAUUGAGAGUUUAUGUGAUUGUUUUCUGGAGCAUCAGUCCACCUUCUACAUCUACCAACUGCCACUCACUCUGCAUUUAUUUAGCAAUGAUUAGUUAAAUAUGUUUAAAUGGUCAGCAAAUUCAUCACACUGGAAAAUACUACUGUGAAUUGCACUUAGCCACAUUACAUUUUAAUGGGGGAGCUGAACAUAGUAGUGAUGUACAAAUCACUUGUAAAGGAUGAGUGUAUCAUGGCUAGGUUCGGCCCAACCAGCAUUUUAAACUGUAUGACCAUUUUGAAGGAACCUCUGUCAAAUGAAAUGUUAUAAUUGCACAGUGUGUUUGUUACACUUGUCUUUUUCCAUCAUUGUUAAGCAUUUCUCUGUCUCGCUGCUGCACCCAAGACUAGAUUCUCAGCCCCACUACAGUACAAUAAGCAUAAAACAAGUGCAGUAGAGGGAUGUGUUUAAUCAAAGGGACCUUUGUUCUCUUAUUUAUUAUGUUUUGAUUUGUCAAAAACUGAACUGUAUUGAUUUUGUGGUGAAGCUGUAAUCUGGUUACAUUGCUACUCUUGCUCAGUUCCACAAACCAAGUGAACCUUGAAGAACAUACCAAUUUGAUAUUUUUGUGUAAAUUGUUUUUAUUUUGCGCUAUGCUUAAUGUAUUAUUCAUAUACAGUAUGGAUCCAUUGUGAAAACCAUGGGCUCAUAAGGGAUUUACAAUAUAAAGAAUAUACCGGAAUUUACAUUG